AUGAGAAAUGCUCAUGGAAGACACAAAUCGAUAUAUGAAAUAUCAAAAUGUGACGUUACGAAAUCAUCAGUCCAGCACAAAAGAGGCAAUCGUGCUCUUUCAGUUGGUUCUCAACAUCGGUCACUUCAACCUGCUUCUGCUGUCACUGCUGCAUCUGUAUCUGAAUUAGCGUCAUCGAUGCCACUUUUUCAAGAUGAAUUAUCAUUUGAUGCAAACGAUCACUCAACAGUAUCUAAAACUAAAACAGGUCACGUGGAGUACGUAUCAUAUCAGAUAGCACAUCCGGCUGCAAUUAGUCAAACAUUGGAAAGAAAACCAAGUGUUUCAACUCAAGUAUUAAGCGCCCUUAUUGGUAAUUCAGCAGGUAACACAUAUAGUCGAACUAUGGGUAAAGUUAUGCGAGUUCUUGUAGCUGGAUCGAAGAAGGUUGGAAAAACUGCAUGUUUAGAACAGCUUGCUUGUCUCAGUGAUAUUACUGAUCAGCCUUAUGUGCCUACGAUUGAAGAUACAUAUCAAGUGCAGAUGGAUUACGGAGAUCGAUCUAAAGAAAUUAUGGUUUUUCAUGAUACAGCCGGAAUUAGUGAAAGUGGCCCAAUCGAUCUCAAGAGAUCUUACAUUCAAGUAGCGGAUGCAUUUUUAUUAAUAUAUUCAGUUGUUGAUCAUGAAACGUUCAACAGAAUGGAUAUGUUAAAAAAAACGAUCGAUAAACAGUUUGGCAAAGAUAAAAAAGAGGUUCCCAUAGUUGUUUUGGGAAACAUGAUUGAUCUACCAGGUAGAAAAGUUGAUAGUGAUUUCGCACGGAGUUGGGCUGCUAAAGAAAAAGUGAAAUUAUAUGAAGUAACUGCAAAGAAUCGUAACACACUGGUUGAUUUAGUUAUAUAUUUAGGUAGCCGACAUUUUCACUCACAACGGGAAUCAAAAUUUUCUCUUUCUAAGAAGUUGAAAGCUGAAAAAUCUAACGCUGCCAUAAUGAUGGAUUUAUGA